AUGCUGGCCAAUUUUGACGUAGACCGCGCCUUGCUUCCGGGCCAGGUUGAGGCAGCGAUCGGAGCAACGACGGUGGACGUCGCUGCGUUCGGCUCUAUAUUCGUCGGAAGUAUACUCACUGUGACGGGCGAAGAGAAAGCGGUAAUCUGCCAUGACGACGGCGGCAGUGCGCAGGGCGCGCGUGAAGCGGACGGUGGCGAUGACGGCGGACGAGGCAAAGUCCAGAGGCGUGGAAUCGAGCAGACCGGGGCGGCGCUCCAGGGCGACGCUGCCUGUCCAGCCAGCGACUGUGGCCGCGGUGGCGAAUGCGAGCUUGCGCGUGAGCAUGGUGUGUGGGGGUUUGCAGGUUCACGAGAGCAUGAUGGAAGGGAGGAGAGGAAGAUGGGGGGGCGAAGAUGGGGGAGGAUUGGCGUAGGAUGGGCGUUGGGCCCCAGCAGUAAAGUUACAUGUCCCAGGCUGGACUGUGAGAGGCACAGCCCAGACGUCCAUCAUGUCAUACUGUAUGCCCUCCACUUCGUCUCCACAGUACACCGGGCCACGACUUCAAAUGGCACUGACACGUGGCAAGCGCUGUUAGUAACCAGUAGAAGACCUCAUCCACAGCCGUAA